UGACUCGUAUACUGGAAGUUGUUGAAAAACGUCUAGAAGAUUAUGCUAAAUCGGCCAUUAAUUCAUUUAGUCUUCAAACGUUAGAGGAACCAACGAAACUCUACCCGAUAGGUGCUGCAUACAAUUAUCGUGAUUUGGCUACCGAUGGUUUAAAGGAGGGGUACACAUAA